CCGCUACAUACAAGUUUUUCAACACUGUGCGGCUGUGUUGUUAUUGUUGUUAUAAACAAAGAUUUCGCAUUACCAUUUUGUAAACAUUUUGAACCAUAUAAUUAUAAGAAAUCAACUAAAAAAUGCCUUUAACGGCUGAGAGUGCAGCUCAACAAAUUCAGGACCGCCUGAAGGAUAUACAACAGCACAUACAUAAGGUGGAUGAUGAACGACGUCGAGCCGAGACUUCUAUCGCGACCCUAGUGCGGGCCCAGCAAGGGCAAACAACAAACCCAAAGCUAAAAACUCUUUUGAAGACUAGCCUUAUCGAAGCCACGCAAGAAGAAGCCACCAUUAGAGCGGCGUUGGCCAAGAUACAUGAAAUACGAAACAUCCGUAAUGAGCGACGCAUUCAGGCAAGGAAUGCCGGGAACAAAGAGGCCAUUAGACGUGGCGCGCUUAUGAAAAUGGUACAGCUGUCAGCGCAGACGUUGCCACUGUUUGUAGGCAAGCCAGGCGAGCGUGCCCCUGCACUGUGUGGCGCCAUACCGGCUGAGAGCAGCUACGUGGCGAAAGUGGGUGACAAUGUCGCCGCUCUGGCUAAGGGCAUUGACGACGAGGAGAACUGGAUAUUGGCGGAAGUAGUUCAGUUUUUGCAUCGACAGAACAAAUACGAUGUCAUCGACAUUGACGAAGAGCAAAAGGAUCGGCACGUUUUGAGCAAACGCAAGGUAAUUCCUUUACCACUGAUGCGUGCUAAUCCUGAGACAGAUGGACAUGCGCUCUUUCCAAAGGACACUGUAGUAAUGGCGCUCUAUCCUCAAACGACGUGCUUUUACAAGGCUAUUGUGCACCGACUACCACAGUCUGCUACAGAAGACUAUGAGGUACUCUUUGAGGACUCUUCCUAUAUGAACGGCUAUGCUGAACCACUCCCAGUCGCUCAGCGAUAUGUAAUUGCCUAUAGGCCCACAAAAAAGAGCGCAGGAAGUGGCAGUGGCAAUCUAUCUUCAGCUUAAGCAACAACUGGGAUAUUUUUGACAAAGAAAACUGGCGAUUACACACUUUCAACUGCAAGAUUGACACAUUCGUCAGAUCAUUAUGAAGAAGACUUGCAUUGGGUGUACGAUAUAUAUAGCUACGUAUAUACAUUAACCUUAACUUUAUUGCAAAUAAAACUAAUC